AUGUAUUAAUCAUUCUCUAUCCUUUAUUAAGUAUUGGAAACCAGCUCAGGAACAGUGUUUAAAGUAGAAGAGAAAUUCUAAAAUAUUUCAAAAAUAUAUUAUGCUUUUUAAUUUAUUGAGUAACAGAUUAUGAGUGAAUCUUUAAGAGAUAAUAUAUAAAAACUUGAAUAAUCAAAUCACCGAGAUUUAUUUAGAAAAUAUAUUAAAAUGCAUAAAGAUGAUCAAAAAUAAUUAUAUUUAUUUGAUUAUAUUGAAGGGAGUCAAUUUUUAGAUCAAAAGAUUAAGGAUUAUGGGAAACUUACGAAAUCUUUUGUAUAUUCUGAAAUACAAUAAUACCUUAAAAACUUAUUAUUAGCCUUAUAUCAAUUGCAUUCAAAAGAUAUUCCUGGGAGAGUUUUUUCAACUUUCAAUAUAGUUGUUUAACCUGGUGAAAAAAUUGUAUUAAUGGAUUUUGGAUUUGAACCAGAAAUUGAAAAAAAUCAUUUAGAUAUAUUAGCACCACCUGAAUAUUUGAAGAAAAUAAUCAAUAAAGGUAUUAUUUUGUAAAUAUUUAGAAAAUUAUGAUAAAUUUGAUUUAAAAUUUGACUCUUGGUUGGUUGGAGCAUUUUUAUAUCACUUAAUAAAGUUUUAAUCUAUUAACUAGGUUAAUGUAAACAAUAGUUAUGUACGAUAUAAAUAUGAUUAAAAAGAAUAAUUUUAUGAAUAUUUGAAUAGUAUCAAAUUUAUUCCUUGUUAAACUUCAAGAUACAAAAAUACUCUGCUCUCCUUAGUAUAAGAUUUACUUACUUGUGAUCCAAACAAAAGAUUAUCCUUUUAUCAAAUUUAUUAACAUCCAUUCAUUAAAGAUCUUAAAAUUGACCAAUUAGAUUCUUAUCUUCAAUUCUAUCAGAAAUGUGAAUAUAUUAGAGAUUUAAAAAAUGAAGUUAUUUUUACAAAUUAAUUGAAAUCUGAACCACCUUUAAUAUCUAGAUUAGUGAAUUAAAAACCUCUGAUUUAAGAAGUACCAACUGUUAGCAAGCCAAACGUACCUGAGUAUUUGAAAAUUAUUAUGAAAAAACCAUAAUUUUCAGACUCAAGUUUUUAUAACUAUUGGUUCCAAAUUUAAUUGGAUUGUUUGAGAUGCUAUAUAUUAGUUUAAACAACAGAUAGAAUCACUAUUUUGUCAAAAUAUGAUUAUCAAUAUAUAAAGGUGUUGGAAUAUUUUAUUAAAAAAAUGCAUUUACUUAUUUUAAGGGAAAUGAAUAAUUAUUUGAAAUCAAAGCUUUAUUAAAAUUAACCAAAUAAAAAUUGGGAAAACUUUUUAAAUCAACAUUAAGAAGAUUUAUUCGCAUCUGAAUAAAUAAAUUUAUAUCUGAAGGAUUUAGAGCUAGAAUUGCAAACAAUUUUUGAACAACAUUGUUAGACUCAUUUAAGAUAAGAUUCUUAACUUCCUCAAGAAAUAAAGCAAUCAUUGAAUGAUAAUAGAGUUCAAGAUCCAUAUUAUUACUUUUUGAAUGGUUAUGCAGAUGCUAUAUAAAUGCUACUCUAAUGUAUUGAUUAACUAAUUGCUUAAAAUCAAGAAGGAAAUUUAGAAGAAUUAUAAGCCUUCAAGAAAUUAAUUUAUUUUUGUAUAGACAUCAAUUUUUCUUUUCAAUCUUAAACUUUUAAAGAAUAAUUUUAAUAGCUCAAAUAAAAAAAUCAAGAAUUGCAACCAAAUGAUGUCAUUAAAUUUCUUGGUGUUACCAAUAAUUUUAGAUGA